GUGUCGGGCUGUCCUGAAGCACCGCGGACCUUAAUUACCACCCUUUUGCCUUAUAUCCCCGCUGAAGAUGUCCGGCAGAGGAAAGUCAACUGGGAAGAAGAAGUCACGAUCUAACCGAGCUGGCUUGCAGUUCCCAGUGGGUAGAAUUCACAGGCUCCUACGGAAAGGAAACUAUGCAGAACGGAUUGGUACUGGGGCAUCUGUGUACCUGGCGGCUGUGCUGGAGUACCUGGCUGCUGAGGUCCUGGAGCUGGCAGGUAAUGCUGCGCGGGACAACAAGAAAUCGCGCAUAAUCCCUCGCCACGUGCAGCUGGCCAUCCGCAAUGACGAGGAACUCAACAAACUUCUGAGUGACGUCACCAUAGCUCAGGGAGGCGUGCUUCCCAACAUACAGGCAGUCCUCCUCCCCCAGAAGGCAUCCACCAACCCAAAACAGACUAGCCAGUCCCAGGAAUACUGAGCCAACACUUGGAGGGAUGCCCACCAGAUCUUUGUCCUAUGCCUAAGUGAUGGCCACUAAGCUUUGUGCCUAUUAGUAUGAUAAGUUUAUCUUUUUAUAGCUGUUUAGAACUUCUUAUUUCAUUGUUACUGUUAGGAGGUCAUGCACUGAUAACCAUGAUAUGAAGCAGUCAGUGUGUGCUGAGUCAUGUUGCUAGUUCAUAAGAAGUAUUUCAUAUCAUUAUUAUAUUUACAUUAUUUUUUUUCCUAGUUUAAUCUUUAAACCAAAGCCAAGACUUUGUUUUCAUUCACCAUUUCUGGGAGUUAGGAUAUCAUGAAGGGUGUGAGAUCAUUUCACUUAUUUAUUAUUAAGUCUUUUUGUCCAUUCAGGGAAUACUUGCAAGCUUUUCUUCAGAAAACAAGACUUCCUGUUGUUUUAAUGCAGUGAAGUUGACAUGUUGAAAUGUUUGAAAAAUGUAUUUGAUUAAAUGUCAUGUGAAUGAAAAGAGUAUUCAUGUGAAGACCUUAUUGAAAGUAGUUAAAGAUAGAGAGCCUUCAGUUACAGAAUCACUGCACAUCCCUGUCAGCCUUGGGGUUACGCUCCCACAAAACACUGUGGUGAGUUGAAACAUGUGACCGCUGAAGUGAACACCUUUGGGAAAAUAGGUCACUUUGGUGAAGCUGUAACGAUAUGCAAACACAGUGUUUUAACUUCCUUGGGGAUUAAGAAUACAGUACAAAAACAGUACAGAUAUCAUUUAACAUGUUGUUCUUAGCAAAAACUCCAAUAAGUUAUUUGUCAUCACUUUAGACGUGUGAUGGUUUUCAAUAUGGCAGCCACUGCCUGGCUGGGAGAGGGAGGGAUGUAGGAUGUGUUGAGGCCAAACAGUGAAAUAUAUUUAUAAGCAUAACCACUCAGCACCAGAGGAGACACUCAAGGGCAAUAAAGGCUGUUGGGUAAAAACUGCA